AUGGUCGGUGCCGCGUUGUCGUGGGGCCUCUAUAUGGAAUGGUAUCACAAGAUCAAAGCUGUGUUGCCUAUACGUUCUCCCAAUGAAAAUCUCGAUAAUUUUCUGAUUGGCUUCGCCGCUGGGGCAGCUGUGAUGUGCGUCACAAAUCCAAUUUGGGUCACGAAGACCAGGCUCUGCUUGCAGUACGAGACAGGUGCGGCGAAAAAGUACUCAGGAAUGGUAGAUUGCUUGAGGAAGAUUUACCUGGAGGAGGGAGUUCGAGGCCUUUAUAGGGAUUAUUUGGCACAGUGCACGGUGCACUUCAAGUUCAUGAUUUACAAUCGGAUGAAGGCAUGGCGAUGUGAAAGAAACGGCUUGGUUAAGGAUUCGCAAUUGGGUCAGACUGACUAUCUGAUGUUCUCCGCCAUUUCAAAGGUCAUUGCAACUACAGCUACAUUUCCAUAUCAAGUUCUUAGAACCCGGAUGCAGGACCACAACGUGGAAGCAAGAGGAGUAUGGCGAACAACUACGGACACCCUGUCUAGAGAGGGUGUACGAGGUCUGUAUAAAGGCUGCCUAAUGGCCAACUUACGGCAGUUACCAGCAGCAGUUGUGACGUUUGUUACAUAUGAAAAUGUUAGGCGUUUUGUAAGGAAUUCAAAUAUCUAG